UCUCUCUCUCUUUAAUCCAACAGGUGGUAAUUGUGACACAAUGAAAUGGGCCAGAUGUGAUGGGACACCAUGCCAGUGUACUCUUCAGUUUUCUCCAACAAUCAAGCAACCGAUUGAUUGUACAAAAUUGGUUCCCAAGUGUUUCCUCAUGAAAGCAGAGAUGUAUCGUGCCAGGAACAACCUAACCACAAGAUCCAUUGGUGGGAAACCUGUAGAAACUGCCUUUGUGGACAAUGAUGUCAUCUAUGAUCCAGAGUGUGAGAGCGAUGGAAAGUUCAAGGCAAUCCAGUGUAACGGCACUGACGUGUGCUGGUGUGUGAACAGUGCUGGUGUGCGCAGAAGUGACAAGGGAGACAAGAACAUCAAGUGUGAGCCUGUGGAGACCUAGUGAGUGCUGUAUUA